GUGUUGGAUGUAAUGAACCUUCCCAUUUUUGUCGCCCAAAUUCCCAAUACGAAGCAAUCAGUGAGAGCAUCCGCUGUCGAUUUGUUUCUCCGAUAAUUGAGAUCGAUCGGUGCAAUGGCGGAGAAGUCAUUCAAGUAUGUGAUCGUCGGCGGUGGCGUUGCUGCCGGAUAUGCUGCUAGGGAGUUUGCCAAGCAGGGAGUUAAACCUGGUGAACUCGCCAUCAUUUCCAAAGAGGCGGUGGCCCCUUAUGAACGGCCGGCACUUAGUAAGGCAUAUCUAUUUCCAGAAGGAACCGCAAGGCUUCCAGGUUUCCAUGUGUGUGUUGGCAGUGGCGGAGAGAGGCUCCUUCCAGAGUGGUACACCGAGAAAGGUAUAUCUUUGAUCCUCAGCACAGAAAUUACCAAAGCAGAUCUUGCUUCCAAGACCCUUACCAGUGCCGCUGGCGAAACCUAUAAAUACGAGAUAUUGAUUAUCGCAACCGGUUCCACUGUUAUUAAACUGUCUGACUUCGGUGUACAAGGCGCUGAUGCCAAAAACAUUUUUUACCUGAGAGAAAUCGAUGAUGCUGAUAAGCUUGUCGAAGCAAUCAAAUCAAAGGAAAAUGGAAAGGCCGUCAUCGUUGGUGGAGGGUACAUCGGCUUGGAGCUGAGCGCUGCUUUGAGAAUCAACAACAUUGAUGUCACCAUGGUUUACCCCGAGCCUUGGUGCAUGCCUAGGCUGUUCACCGCUGGCAUUGCUGCCUUCUACGAAGGUUACUACGCGAAAAAGGGAAUCAAUAUUAUUAAGGGCACCGUAGCAGUUGGAUUCGGCACAAAUGAAAACGGAGAGGUUACGGACGUCAAACUCAAGGAUGGUCGAGUGCUGGAAGCCGAUAUAGUUGUUGUCGGCGUCGGUGGAAGACCCCUCACGACUCUAUUUAAAGGUUUGGUCGCCGAGGAAAAGGGUGGAAUCAAGACUGAUGGUUUCUUUAAAACGAGCGUUCCUGAUGUAUACGCUGUGGGCGACGUCGCGACAUUCCCCAUGAAAUUAUACAACGAGGAUAGAAGAGUCGAACAUGUCGAUCAUGCACGUAAAUCUGCCGAGCAGGCUGUCAAGGCGAUCUUCGCUAGUGAACAAGGGAAAUCCAUCGACGAAUACGACUACCUUCCGUAUUUCUAUUCGCGGGCCUUCGAUCUUUCGUGGCAAUUCUACGGCGACAAUGUAGGCGAGACUGUUUUAUUCGGGGACAACGAUCCUGCGUCGUCUAGCCACAAAUUUGGAACGUACUGGAUCAAAGACGGGAAGGUCGUCGGCGCGUUUUUGGAGAGCGGAACUCCGGAGGAGAACACGGCGAUCGCGAGAGUUGCCCGCGGGCAGCCCGCCGUCGGCAGCCUGGAAGAACUGACGGCGGAGGGUCUUGCGUUCGCAACCAAGGUAUGAAGUUUAUUAUGGAAUGUUUGUUUGUUUGUUUGUUUGUUGUAUACUAUAUGGUCUAUGAAAGUGAUCCUUAUUUUCUGUGAAAUAUGGAAUGCGACUAUGUGAUGUUUGAGACGAAAUGAUCUUAUCUUAUGAUGUGAUGUAUUGUAUUAAGAUGAUGAAAUGUGUUUCUUUCGUGUU